ACAUCGCUGGGCUGGAGGGGGCGGUGAUGGGCUGUCAACCAUUAUUAUUUCGACGGUCUUAUGAGGCGCGGUUGAAGUUGAAGAAUGAUCUAUCCAUGUAGUUUAAAUUGUGAAAAAUAUUGUGUCAUUGAAACACAUUCGGAGUUAAAAGUGUGACAUUGAGUGAUAUCGGGAAAAGGUGCCUCCGUUAGCUGAGCAACAGUUAGCCUUCAUUCAGGAAGACGUUGUUAGCAGCAGCUCUCGCGACGCUGACGCAGACACCCCAACUGUGGUGGUCAUGGCUUCGCUCGGUAACUCGGCGGCCACCUCCAGUCCUAUGGUAGUCCUGGCGCCCAAGACUAAGACGAAAAAGAAACACUUCGUUCAGCAGAAGUUGAAAGUGCUUCGAGCCAGCGACCCUGUACCGAGCGUCUUUAUGUGGGGCGUUAAUCACUCGAUUAACGACCUCAACCAGGUGCCAGUUCCUGUCAUGUUGCUCCCUGAUGACUUUAAGGCCAACACUAAGAUCAAAGUUAAUAACCACCUCUUUAACAAAGAAAAUCUUCCUGGGCAUUUUAAGUUCAAGGAAUACUGUCCUCAAGUCUUCAGAAAUCUAAGGGAGCGAUUUGGUAUUGAAGAUCUGGACUAUCAGGUGUCAUUGACUCGCAGCCCUCCGACAAGGACCGUUGAUGACCGAGGAGAAGGUCUGCUCCUUAACUCCUAUGACCGUACGUUGAUCAUCAAGCAAAUCUCCAGUGAGGAUGUAGCAGAUAUGCACAGCAUCCUGUCAGAGUAUCACCAGCACAUAGUCAAGUGUCACGGUAGCACCCUGCUGCCUCAGUUUCUGGGAAUGUACCGGGUCAGCGUGGAGAGUGAAGAGACCUACCUGAUCGUCAUGAGGAACAUGUUCAGCCACAGACUGGUUGUACACAGGAAGUAUGACCUGAAGGGUUCUCUGGUGGAUCGUGAAGCAAGCGACAAAGAACGCGGUAAAGAACUUCCCACCUUCAAGGACAUGGACUUCAGGAACAACAUGCAGAAGGUGUAUGUCACAGAGGAGCAGAAAGAAAAGUUAAUGGAGAAACUAAACCGGGAUGUGGAGUUCCUGGUGAAGCUGAAGAUCAUGGACUACAGCUUGCUGCUCGGUAUCCAUGAUAUAGGCCGAGCUGAGAGGGAGGAGGAGGAAGGUGAGGAGGUUUCCAACGAGGAAGACCAGGAGGCAGAGAACGGCCUGGUGCCAGGACCUACUGUGGGAUCUUAUGGCACCUCUCCGGAGGGAAUAGCUGGUUACAUGUCCUCCUGCAAACCUCUUGGACCUGGGGAGUUUGACCCUUAUGUGGACGUGUACGCUCUCAGCAGCUGCCCAGGAGCCCCUCAGAGGGAGAUCUACUUCAUGGGCCUGAUUGAUGUAUUAACUCAGUACGAUGCCAAGAAGAAAGCAGCUCAUGCAGCCAAAACUGUAAAACAUGGGGCGGGCGCUGAAAUCUCCACCGUACACCCAGAGCAAUAUGCCAAACGAUUCCGUGACUUCAUCUCUAACAUUUUUGCAUAAAAUUCAGCUGCAAACACAACACUCAAAGCCUCUUACCAUUGACCAAAAAUAAUGUGUGCACAGGAAAUAUUUUUAAAGUGUUGAUAUGAGGAAACACUACUUCCAAUGUGUAGAUAGAUAGUGAACUGCAUAUAUUUAUUUUUAAGAUUUCGAUAUUAAGCACUCUUGAAAAGUUAAAUAUUCAGCUAUCGGUGACGUUGAUCAGUGUUCAGUGUAUUAGAACAGAUCAGAACAGAUUUUACCCUUUUGCUGCUGUGUUACUUUUUGGAACCAGUGAAAGUAAGAAGAAAAUGAUAGCAUUUUUCCAGUUAAAACGACCCUUUGUAGCUAUUUGGCAAAGCAAGAAUGACGUCUGUGCUAAGCAUGCUCAAAAGGCUGUCCUUCCUCACGUUUCCAUUUCUAACACUAGAGGCCGCUGUUGCUUCGUUGAAUUUAAUUCAAAUUGGCAUUACCAGGUGCUGUCCCUCUUUGCCUCUAAAUUAUACUUUUUUUAAACCAAAAAAUAUGAACACCACCGGCUAGCAUAUGUUACCAAUAGUGGUUUAAAAGAACAGAUUUAACAAAUGUGUCUUAAUUGAUUACAAUUUGAAGUUUAACUUUGUAAACAUUUUUGUUCGCCCAGAAUAAAAUGAUUGGCGUUUAUGGCUUUCACUCACCACUGUCUUGUAUACACGUACAUGUCCGUAGUGCGUGCACAUACACAACAGCAUUCUCAAAGAAGCGACUGACAAUUUGGACUCGGUGUUGUUAUAAGCAAUACUUCCGCUAACAUUAGUAGCCAAAUUUUGCCAUAUCGCUAUAAUAAGCAAGCUGACAGCAAACAUAACUAAUGCGCAUGAGUGUGUUUUACGUGGGGCGUGGCUUGCAAUGUCGGAGCAGGAAAAGGGGGGGGGUUUAUAAUGCAUUUCUUCCCCCCCCCCCCCCCCCCCCCCUGCAGUACCUAACCAAGGCAGACAGCACCUUUUAACACACAAACGGUACAAUAUUCCCCAUUCAAACAUACAUGUUCACAAGUCUUACACCUCAGUGAUGAAGACACAUCCUAGCUUGAACAAAAAAAUUAACAAUUUACAAACCAACCCAUUCCAGGAAGCCAUAGCCAAUGAGUUGACACAGAGCAGACAUGAAGCCAUUCAUUUCAGCAAGAAAGUUAAUAUCACAAAAGUUAAUUUAUAACCUUAAAGGAGAUAGGUAAAUACAGUUUGGACCAACUACCAGUGAGUGCCAAAUAAGUGCAAAUGAAGCAUUAAUCCAAGCAGAAUUUACACUUGGUGUGCAAUUAAUGUGAGCGCAGUGCUAAAGGAACCUAUCCUUUUUAAAGGACCACACUACAGUUUAUUUAAGGGCAUAGAGGAGGAUGAUUGAAUUUACUGACGGAAUUCAAAUCAUAUCAGUAGGUCUGUUAACACAGUUGCCAGCCUGCAUGUCUUUGCUGCCAUAAGCCUGUAAAGUGGAGCAAGCAAACCUUUAAGUCUCAUCCUGCCUUCACAAUUCAUUUCGCCUCAGUGAUGCAGAAUUCCAUAUGAGAAGACAGCCUUGAUAUGAGCCAACCUGCUAACUUGGACUCAUUGAAGAUGGUAUAAAAAUAUCUAGCAAUAGAACUGUUGUCUGUGUAUUGUAACUUUUUCAGAUUUGGUGAUUGAUGUUUCAUUCUAUGGUGCAGUGAGCCUUAACACAAUGCAGCAUUCCAAAAAGUGGCAUGGCAGUGUACAUUAUACACGCUGUAUGAGGCCUCAUUGUCAAUGAUUCAUUGCACAUGUAUUUUUGCAAAUCAGCUUUAUGACCAAAAUAUAUUUUACAAAAAAAUGCCUGGAAAG